AUGCUAUCUGUUUGCAAUACUGGUAUCUUCCUGGUUGGGGAGCUUCGUGGACAGGCCGAGCUGACCAGUAAACAAUCAGAGAGGGAAGUGUACAUUUUCAGGAUAAAAUGGAGGGUGUUGUUGCCACAAGAGGUCGAAGCAAUCUCGCUGUCUCGGCAGACGGGGAGGUGAGCGUCAACAGAGAGGUUACCAUGACGGCGCUGGCACAUGAUGAAGAAGGAAAUGUUUUCUUAAGAGUGUUCCGUGCACGCACCCGGCAGGUUGUGGGUCAAGUCUCUGGAAUAUUUGCCAUUUCGGGAUCUGAAGAGGAGUCUGCACCGAGUCGUCACCAUUCUGUCACCAUGCCUGACGACGAUGACGAUAUCGAUAAAAUGUCAGUGAAAGUGUGUGUCUGCAUCUUUUCCCUUAUCUUUGGUUCGCUGCCUGUGGCCAUGAUAGUUGUUGGCAUCCUUGACUACAAUCUGUGCCCAGGCAACACCAGACUCGCCAUCUACAUGAUAGCCCAGGGAGCCACCUCUGUCGUCAUCCCCAUCCUGGCAUCCUGCUGGUUUUGCUGCAGGUGUAUUUCAGGAAACUUCAUAGGCGCUAUCUGUGUCAUCAUUGGAUUGUUUAACAUCGGAUGGGGAAUUGUAGGUUCCCUGUGGCUCGCCUCGUCUCCGUGCAAGGAUACGCUUCUAUUCACCCACGCCCUCGGCUUCUCUGUGCCCAUGUGGAUCUUCUACUGCCUCGUGCCCCUGCUGUGCGUGUGUUGUGUGAGAGCCUGGUGCAAGGGCGACGAUUAAACAGGCGGUGGGUUUGGCAGUUGCUUCAGCGUGGAUGAACCAGGUUAUUCGAACAAACUUUACUGGAUGGGCUGAGAUGACAUAUGCGCAGCAGCGAAGAAUCGAGUCCUGGACAAGAAUUACAUAGUUUUUCUGAACAAAUGUUUUUGUGUCAUAUGUUCAGUUGUCCCUAAGUGUUUUAAUCGAUCAUGUUGUCUGUGAUCAUUAUGUUCAGUAUGGCCAAAUUGUACCUAUUCGUAAGAAAGGCAUACUACUUCAGUCAACAAUUAUAGACGUUUUCGAACAUAUUCUGUUUCCAGAAGAAGAGGUAAAUUAUAUGCAUAUUUUAUAGACUUUCAUAGGCUUAGACACUUGACUCCAUUCAUCAAAUGUAACAGUCUUAAUAUAUUUGUCAGUGGAUAUAAAUAAAUAUUUCAAUGACCA